CUCGAGCUCCUGUAGCAGUUCCCCUUACCCCUGUCUCUUUCUCCUCACAGUCACAGCAUGGAUCCUUUCUCCAACUUUAUUUCGGUAUUUUAGUGUCAGUUUCCAGUUGCCUUUGGAUUUAUGGUCUUCGCCUGGAUUCCGUAAAUCACCUGGACGUCAUGUUUACUACAACCGGCUCUCGGGGCCUGUACAAGGCUCCUCUGUCUAAAGGCCUCCUGCUGGUCCUCAAUGGGCUGACUGUGAUGCUCACCCUGCUGCCACAGUACCAAGAGCUGUUCAUAUACAACCUGCAGGCUGUCACACAGCAGCACCAGGUGUUGAGGUUGUUGUGUGGACGGCUGGUCUGUCUCGACGUGAAGGACGCCUUCUGUAGCAGCCUGCUCAUUUACAACUUCCGAAUCUUUGAGAGGAGGUUUGGCACCAGGAAGUUUGCAUCGUUCCUCUUGGGCACUUGGUGUCUCUCUGCGCUGAUGGACUUCCUGCUGGCUCAGACUUUCCAGUAUCUGUUUGACUAUGAGGUGGAGGAACUGCCUGCAGGACUGCUUGCUCCAGUCUUCGCUCUGUUUGUGCCUUUCUACAAGCUGAUCCCCAGGAUGCCAGUCACCCAGGUCCUGGGCCACAUCCACAUCACCAACAAGUCUCUGGUUUACAUAGUAGGCUUGCAGCUGUUGACUUCCAGCCCCUUCAUGUGGCUCCUUGCACUUAGUGGAUUGAUCUCAGGUGGACUGUACCACUCCAAUGUUCUCUGGUUGCAGAAGCUCAUCUUUGUACCCGCCUGGGUGUCUUGUAUUGGGCGCUAUAUUCUGGAGCCACUCUUCUCAAGCUCCCAACCGAGCAGUGAGACUCCUCUGGGGAUGGGUGCAACUUUGGACAUUCAGAGGCAACAAAGGAUGGACAUGCUCGACCAGCAGCUGCUGCUGGCCCAAUACCAGGAGUCCAGAAGGAACAUGAGACAACAGCCACAGUCUGGGUUGCUACAGUGGACCAGGUUGUUCCCCUCCCUGAGACAAAGAGGACAGAACCGACCCCCAAUGCAGCCCCACCCCCAGGCUCAGACACACCCAUCCUCACAGUCACCACUGUUGGACAACUCUUCUGUUGCAGAGGAGCAGGUUGCACGGCUGGUGGAAAUGGGCUUUUCCAGGGUUGAUGCUCUAGAGGCUCUCAGGGCUUCAAACAACGACAUCAACAUGGCAACCAACUUCCUCUUGCAACACUGAGAGAGAGAGAGAGAGAGAGCGAGAGAGCUCAAUGAGAAAAACAGAGGUGAAUGAGCACAGAGAGAGAAAACAGGAAGAGAAGCAUCCAAAGCAGAGGAGCAAAAAGCAAACGAAGAGAAUGAAAGACGAAUUAUGGAGAAUUUGUACAGACAAUCCGUGUUACUGCUCGCUGAAGCUGUUGUCAGGCUGACUCAACCUGAACCGAGCCCGAUAGCAGGCUGAUUAAUGAAGAAGUGUGAAGCACAAAGUGGAAGACAUUUGCAUCAUAGCUUUCUGAUGGCCGUCGUAGUGUGAAGCAGACGUCGUUGCUACAGGCAGACGAGUUAGACCACUAACUCUAAGGGGUUCACUGUGAAAAAUAUACAGAAACCAAACGGGACUCUUCAGUGCAGUGGAGGGAAUAUAAAGUGGG